ACUAUGUUUGUUGUUUGUUAUAUAUUAGUUAUUUACCUAACAAAUGCGGAAAGAGAUCCACAUCUAUAUAUCCAUAAAAAGGCAUUACUGAAAUUGCUGUUCUGAAAGAAAAGGGAUUUUUGAUUUUAUAAAUACCAAAGGCUUUACUUUACCGCACACUUUGCAGUCUACUUUACCGUACCUAGUGUCCAAAAUGCCCGGAAUAUACUGUGCCGUUGCCUAUUGCAAUAAUCAUCACAUUCGCAAAGCUGACAAAAAUUAUUCUUUCUUUACUUUCCCUAAAGACCAGGAAUAUCGAAGACUAUGGAUUGAAAAAUGUCAAAGGAGCGGCGAAUGGACACCAGAAAAUAGCCGUAUAUGUUCUGAACAUUUUACCGAAGAUGAUUUUGUGAGGAACUUACAGGCCGAAUUUUUAAAAGUGAAAGCAAAAAGGAAACUGAAAAGUACAGCUAUACCUUCACGUAAUUUACAUCCAAUGGUUGAAAAUGGAAAUUUAAGGGUCAAGGCUUUAAUUAAAGAAACAUCAUCAAACUCAUCACCAUCAGCCUGCUCACCUACUAGCAACCAAGAUAGUCAAGAAAAGAAUCUGUAAUUUAAGAACCACAUUCUAGUUAAGUACAGAGAUAACAAAGAAUGAACAAUUUCAACAACAAUCAACCUGAAAUUAUCUUAGAAAUGAGAUUGAAGAUAAUUUCAAAUCGUUGAGGAAACAAGUUUAAAAAAUGCUUAUAAAUGUCAAUGCAUUACCUAACUAAAGCCUAAAAAAUUGUAUUGCAAGGAGGAAAUAAAAAUAUGUUUACCAGAGCUCAGCCUAAUAUCGUUAUUUUUAAUAAGAA